AUGGCUCUGUACGACGACGAUUUGGACACCAAACACGGAAUAGCCGGAUGGUCGUCUGGUAUCAAGUUGCUGCAAACGCAGCUGCAAGUGAAGAAAGUGAACCAACCCGUCAUAACACCGAAAGCGAUCCUGCGGAAACCACUCGUCAACACGAAGAUAUUAACGCCCGUAGUACUUAAGGCAAAGAAGGAACCAUCCGCCGAUCAGCCGCAACCGUUCACGACGGUUUCCAGUGGUCUCGCUGGCCAGGUUACAAUAGAAACGACGGCCAUCGUUAAGCCGAAACCCAUCACGGUGACAACAGCCAACCCGGCGCCACAUCCGAUUAGUGCGGCCGCCUCGGAAGACUACAGCUGGGAUGUGGUGGACGAGUAUGAUCCGAUGUGGCCAAACGAGUACGACAAGUUGGUGAAGGAUCGGAAAUCGAAGGAACCGCCGAUUAAACCGUUGCAGAACAGCUUUGGUCGCAGCCGGCGCGAAUACAAACGUUCGUUUGGUGGCCGCAUGAAUAGCAACAACAAUAGUAACAACAACACUGGCAACACUGGCGGAGGUGGAGGCACACAGAGCCACGGUGGUGGUGGCCCCGUCGGCGGCCCUGCUGAAGACGAUUCGCCUGCGGUUAAAAAGUACAGUGGCUUUGCCGGACGACCGUCGUCAGAUGAUGAGGAAGAGUUUCGACCCGGUCAAGCUCGUGCUACGUCGGGUGCCGCAAUUGCGCCGCCUCCUUCGUUGCAGGAAUCAAUCGGUGUUCCGAUUCCGGAGGGUGGAUCCAAAGUGUCGCAGUUGGCGGCGUACGGUGGCAGUUCAGUGGCGGCCAAAAUUAUGGCCAAGUACGGUUUCAAGGAUGGUCAAGGAUUGGGUAAGCAGGAACAAGGUAUGGCCGUUGCCCUGCAGGUAGAGAAAACGUCCAAACGCGGGGGACGGAUUGUUCACGAAAAGGAUAUUCCUGCGACAGACAGUACAACGCCAGGAAGUGAACCUGCCUCCGGUUCACCUCCAAGAACCGGAUCCAAUCAGGAACCGUCGAUAACGGAAAUUAUGAAAUCACCCAGCAAAGUGGUACUACUGAGGAACAUGGUCGGUCCGGGUGACGUAGACGAUGAGCUGGAGCCAGAAGUAAAGGACGAAUGUAACACAAAGUACGGCGAUGUGGUGACUGUGGUGAUACACGAAGUAGUAAACGUCGUUCCGGAAGAAACCGUCCGCAUCUUCGUCGAGUUCAAGCGCAUGGAGAGCGCCAUCAAGGCGGUGGUGGACUUGAAUGGCCGCUUUUUCGGCGGACGACAGGUACGCGCAGGGUUCUACAACCAGGAACGGUUCGAAAGCAUGGAUCUUACUGGAUAGGCUUGGUCACACUGGCCAGAAGUGCCGCCGUGUAAUUAGCAACUUCUCAUAGAAGUUACAUUCGUAUAAAACUCUACAACUUGCACAACCGAUCGUUAGCUUCCUUGGAUUGAUUUCGCGUUUGUUUAGAAGGAGCUCCUGUUCUCCACGGUACUAAUAAAACCCGAUGCAACCUUGAUGAAGCA